GAAUGAAUAAUUAUUAAGUGGGUCAGACGUCUGGUUUAUGGUUCAAAAACUAAAGAGCGUUCGGGUUCAUUUUGCACUCCGAGAUGAGAAUCUGCUGAAACAAGUUGAUGCAGCGGAAAAUGUCAACUCGAUACUCGCAAAUUCAAGAGGUAUCCUAUCUUACAAACUUGACAUAGUCCUUCAUCCUCAUUGUCAAGAAUAGUUUUAACGAUUUCCUGAUUUCUCGGAGUUGUCUCUUAAAUAGCACGAUUUUGGGUUGAAGGUGAUUUUCGUCGGGUUGGAAAUAAUUCCAUCCUAAGUCGGACAGGAGCAUACUAAUCCUUGAAAUAUAGUGAAGAAACUCACAUGUGCUAUCAAGCUACGAAAUAUUCUCCAAUGAUCUGUUAGAUUUGAGGAGCAAGCACCGAAAUGUAUUUCAAGCCGACCAUAUACCGCGUUGUAUUUUACUUCGCGUUAAUCAACAUUUUUAGCCGUGAUAAUGGCUCGAUGGCGGUCUCACUUACAUUUGAUACCAGUGAAGUAUCAUCCAGCUCCAUCAGCUCGGAUGUCGUCCCUGAUCAAGCUGGAACCUUCAUGCUUGGAGGUGAGACGUCUCGGGAGGAUGGCGGUCAAGCUGGAACGUUCGUGCUCGGCGGCGGCACAUCACGGGAGGUGGACGGUAACCCUUCACCCGAUGAGAUUGUAAAGCUCUUCUUGGCAGAUUUUGAUCGUCGCGCUGAUCAGGAAUUCCCUGGUUUAAUGGAGAAACAAUGGACCUACUACACAAACCUUACAGAGGAAAAUCGACAAAUAAAGGUUGAAGCUAAGAUUCGAAUCACCGAGUUUGAUUCUGAAUCACGUCGUACUGCUCAGACCUACUACCAUACCUAUCCUUCUCAUCAGAUCUCCUACGAUGUCAGACGUGAACUCGAAGCUAUAGCCUCGACAUCGGGUUUGCCCACCUACGUGGACGAAGUCACUCAAGAGCUAGAGGAUGUGAAGUCUCGAAUGGAGCAGAGAUAUCACACGGCUAAGGUAUGCAGGAAGAAAGGUAGACGAGCACGGAAAGAAUGUCUGCGUCUAGAUCCAGAUCUGAAACGUGUAAUGGGAGAGAGUCGAGAUGAUGAUGAGCUUCUAUGGGCGUGGCAGGGUUGGAGGAACGAGACAGGAGCUCCUAAUCGUGAUGACUUCCAGAGAUUCGUGGAACUCAGUAACACUGUAGCACAACAGAGUGGUUUUGACGAUCAUGGUGACUACCAGCGGCGGCAGUACGACACACCUCAUCUGGAACAAACCAUGUCGGAUCUAUUAACCAAUCUCCAACCUCUCUAUGACAACCUCCAUGCUUUCAUCAGGAGGAGACUGUAUGACAUACAUGGACCAGAGGUCAUUGACCUCAAUGGACCCAUCCCUUCUCAUCUACUAGGUGGUAUGUGGUCACACUCCUGGUCAAAUCUCUUCGAUGUCGCUAAACCCUACGAGACCGACGAUGAUGACCCGACUGAGUUCCUCCAAGAACAGAAUUAUGACAUACGAAGACUAUACGAGACUGCUGAAGAGUUUUAUACAUCAAUGGGUUAUGAGGAGCUUCCGGAAUCUUUCUGGGAGAACUCUGUCUUUGGUCAACCUCAAGAUGGUCGCAACGUCUCGUGUGAACCAACAUCAUGGGAUUUCCAUAACCAAACAGACUUCAGGAUAACUACAUGCUCAUCUGAAGUAACCAUAGAUGAACUCUCGAAGGCACAUAACAUCCUAGGACACACCCAAUACCAGAACUCGUAUAGCCAUCAACCAACCGCCUUCCGUGAACCAGCGAGUCCAGCUCUCUAUGAAGCCAUCGCGGAUCUGACGUCAUCAGAGGUCUUUAGCCCCUCCUACUUGAGGCAACUUGGGCUUUCAUUGGACGAGAGGAAUGAUGAUAAGAUACAACUGAAUGGCUUGAUGAGGACUGCGUUAGAUUCCCUAGCUCUUCUGCCCUAUGCAAACGCAGUGGAUCAAUGGAGAUGGGGUGUGUUCAAUGGUUCUAUUCAACCUGAUCGAUAUAACUCCGAGUGGUGGGAUCUCAGAUCCGAAUAUGAGGGUAUUGAGCCAGGGGUGGAGAGAACAGACGCAGACUUUGAUCCAGGAGCGGAGUUCAACAUUGUCUCAGACAGCUCAUAUGCAAAACAUUUCCUUGGACAGAUCAUGAAGUUUCAAUUCCUAAAGUCUCUUUGUGAAGCAGCGGGACACACCGGACCAAUUCAAGAUUGUAAUCUCUAUGGCAACAGGGUAGCGGGACAACUCAUCACCACUGCUAUGCAGCUGGGUAAAACACGCUCAUGGACCGAGAUCUUCUACAUCUUGACCCAACAGUACAACCUCGAUACGUCACCGCUCUUGGAAUACUUCCAGCCGCUUAAUGAAUUUCUUGAGAGAGAGAACCGUAGGAAUGGAGAUUCAACAGGGUGGGCUCAAUCUGCAAGAAGGCCUGAUCAAACGCCUGGGCGACCAAAGCCUAGUCCAGCUGGUAGCCGUACGUAAUGCUGAGCUUGGUUAUAAAUUAACCCGGAAAUUAACUCAUCAUGAUUAAAUUGAGACAUUCAAAUAUAAUCUUUUUACUAAUAUUAAUCCUUCUUAUGAUAUAAGAUAAGUUUGCUUUUCCCUUUCGGUCACAUAUUAUAUGACACAAUAUAAUUAUGAAACCAAAUUCUUUUUUUCUUUCACAUUAAAGACUUCCAUGUAAGAAUACAGCAAUACUUCACGAUGGUACAUGUAUCAUUCAUGUCUAUAACAACAAAAAUCAUUACAAUAUCAACAAUAUUCUAGUAGAGUUGCUUUCAGUUGAAACUGGUAUAAUUUUUGACAUUUUUUUGUGGUUGAAAGAAUUAUAGAUUAAUAGCAAAGAGAGAGAGAGAGAGCGAGAGAGAGAGAAUUCACAAUUGCGGAAUUGAAGGACUUUGAGGAAAAUAUAAUUCCCCAUCCAUUGAGGAGAGCACACUCAGUGAAAGAGGUUUUGUUAAUCAUUAACCUUUCUCUUUGUCAUCAGCCAUUGCCACAGAGGUAAGUUAUGAACGCAGUUAACUGAUAAAAGCUUGGCCACAAGCGAGGUUUUCUCCAGAAGUUUAAAGUUGUUUUAAACUUUUCCCAAGCACAUAUAGUAUUCUCUAUCUUUCUUCAACAUAACAUUCGAUAAGAUAGUUUUACAGGUUGUCAAGAUAAGAUUUAGGAUCUUCACAUCGCAGUGUCUUCAGAUGACGGUUCGGAAUCUUCUAUCUGCCCUAUGGAGUCGUCAUGUAGCCUAAUGACUUGGGAUUAUCCGAAUUGACGUUUCUGGAACACCAUGAUCAUCUCAAUUAGAGGUUUGUGUAAAAGGUGAGUAAAUAAUCUAACGAAUCUAACAAACUUGGCCACCAUUCCCAUGCAUACCCUCUUUCUCUCUC